CCCAACGCAUGAGCAACAUCUCGCUGUCCUCCGGCACGGACUCCGUGGGCCACAUGGAUCGCGGCAGCAGCUCCAGUCUCGCUAGCAGCGCCACCGUUGGCACCAACACCAUCACCAGCGGCAUUUCCAAGGAGUGCGCCAAUUACCCCGUCGGCAGUCAGUCGGCCCGUCCAUACGUCCAACUGCCGGGCAUACACAUUUCCAACCCUCCCCAGUACGGGCCAGGGAAUAUGCAGGAAAUAGACGCUGGCAAAAUGGCGCACAACGGCAAGGCACUCACAGGGCGCUACAAUGCCACGCCCACCUAUGGCUUCGACAACGAGCAGAACUACUGCCUGUUGCACAACUUCGAGCUCGAGAACCACACACCGCCGGCAUGUCCCGGCUCUGGACCCAUUGCCAUGACGAACGGCACCAUCCAGUUGCGCCUCCGCGAUGGCGUGCGAAUUGACAUGACUCUGGACAAGGCGGUGCGCGUGCUCAAUCAGCGCAGCAUGGUGGCAGUUGCUCUAUCACGCAACUGCAGCAACUCGGCUUUGAUCCACCCCAAUGGACACAUCUUGCAGAGCGGCGCUAAAGUCGAAAUAGUCACCUACGACGGCAUGAAGGGCAAUAACUUUGUUCGCUAUGCCAAGAUGUGGUACAAGGGUGUGAGCUUCACCAGCGAGGGGUGCGCUCUCCUCUACCUGGUGGACACAUCCGGGACGCGCACCACAACCGACACUUUCACCGAUCUGACCAAGGACUACACCCUAGCAGUGUUCUGA